AUGAAUCCCAACGGCUUCCCCAAUCCUCAAGGCAUGGCCGUGAGGCCGGGCAUGCAACCGCCCAGGAACGAGAAUGCCUCGCUCAUAAUGAACCAUGUAGCUCAGAUGUUACAGAGCCAGGGUCCCUUCCAGGGUUGGAAAGCUGAAGUGCCUAUUAAAAGCCGUGCGAUGAACGUGUAUCAAAUGUGGUCUGGUGGGAGUGGGCGACUUGUUGGUACAGCCGGGGGGGUGGCUCUGCUGCCUUCUGGUUCAGGUCGCCUCUGUCACUUGGACCCCUCAUUCACUCAAAAUCAGAACCUCUUGAACCUCCCUCCCUCUCUUUUCUGCCAUCCCCUUCCCCGUCGUUUCCCCUCUUCCCACUUCCUCCAACCUUUCGCGUCACUCUCUAACACCGCCCUGUUCCCAAGGAUUACCUCUCUGCGCCUGAUCCAACCACGGAUUGAUCUCCAAUCUGCUGCCCAGGCCGCUCUUAGCUUUGAACAGAAAGCCUUCCAAAAAGCCAGCGAAAGAAGCGAUUACGAGCGUGAAUGUAACGAGAAGCUCCUCCACAUCAAAGAUACGCGCCAGCGACAGGCCAACGUCGCUUUCCAGAGCGGCAUGAUGCCCCAAGCCAACGCGAUGCAAACCCAACUCCAAGGAGGCCUACCCCAGCAGAUGAACCAUGGCAUGCAGUCCUCCCCCCCUCCCUGGUCAGCCCCAGAUGGCCAUGGGUAUGGGUGA